UGCUUUGGCUUUUCAGUGAAGUUAGAUGGAGAAGAACCAGGAAGAAGAGCGAAUCUGAAGAAGAGUGUUAAGCGUAUAACCUGUCUGACUGUCAGUUUAAGACAUUUUAUCGACUGUUUCUUCACCCAAACGCGAUGGCUGAGGCUGACAUUGCUCUGAUUGGCCUGGCUGUCAUGGGCCAGAACCUCAUCAUGAACAUGAAUGACCAUGGUUUUGUGGUUUGCGCCUACAACCGUACCGUGUCCAAAGUGCACGACUUCCUAAAUAAUGAGGCUAAAGGCUCCAAGGUGGUCGGAGCCGAGUCCCUGGAAGACAUGGUGUCCAAGCUGAAGAAGCCCAGGAGGAUCAUCCUGCUGGUCAAGGCUGGACAAGCGGUGGACGACUUCAUAGACAAGCUGGUUCCACUUCUGGAUGCUGGCGACAUCAUCAUCGAUGGUGGCAACUCUGAAUACAGAGACACAACACGGCGGUGUCAGAGUCUAAAAGAGAAAGGCUUGUUGUUUGUCGGCAGUGGAGUGAGUGGUGGCGAGGAGGGCGCACGUUACGGACCCUCACUCAUGCCAGGAGGACAUAAAGAGGCCUGGCCCCACAUUAAGGACAUCUUCCAGAGCAUUUCUGCUAAAGUUGGGACAGGAGAGCCUUGCUGUGACUGGGUUGGAGAUGAGGGUGCGGGGCAUUUUGUGAAAAUGGUCCACAAUGGCAUUGAGUAUGGAGACAUGCAGCUGAUCUGUGAGGCCUACCACCUAAUGAAGGAUGUUCUGGGGAUGGAUCACGAUGAGAUGGGACAGGCAUUUGAGAGCUGGAACAAGACAGAGCUGGACUCCUUCCUCAUUGAGAUCACCGCAAACAUCCUCAAAUACAGGGACAGCGAUGGCAAACACCUGCUGCCGAAGAUCAGAGACAGUGCCGGACAGAAAGGAACAGGGAAGUGGACGGCCAUUUCUGCCCUGGAAUACGGCACGCCCGUCACUUUGAUUGGAGAAGCUGUCUUCGCCAGAUGCUUGUCAUCUCUGAAGGAGGAGAGAGUGGAGGCCAGCCGCAGCCUCUCAGGGCCCCAGGGGGUUAAAUUCAGCGGCAACAAAGCUUCCUUCCUGGAGGACAUCAGAAAGGCUCUUUACGCCUCCAAGAUCAUUUCUUACGCUCAGGGCUUCAUGCUGCUGCGGCAGGCGGCCAAGGAGUUCAGCUGGUCGCUGAACUACGGCGCCAUCGCUCUGAUGUGGAGGGGCGGCUGCAUCAUCCGGAGCGUCUUCCUCGGGAAAAUCAAAGAAGCUUUCGACAGAGACGGAGACCUGCAGAACUUGCUGCUGGAUCAUUUCUUCAGUAAAGCAGUGCAAGACUGUCAGGAGUCGUGGCGCAGGACGGUCGGCACCGGCGUCCAGCACGGCAUUCCCAUGCCCUGCUUCACCACUGCCCUGUCCUUCUAUGACGGCUACAGACACGACAUGCUCCCCGCCAACCUGCUCCAGGCCCAGAGGGAUUACUUUGGAGCUCACACGUAUGAGCUCCUGUCAAAACCCGGUCAUUUCAUCCACACCAACUGGACAGGCCACGGUGGAAACGUGUCCUCGUCCUCCUACAACGCCUGAAGACAUUCAAAAACAAAAUAGAAGAUUAUGGACCAAGUGACAUGCCUUAGAAAGAGGACAGCGGUCCACUUGUGGAACCAUCUGGCCCAGCAAAGACCCAUACGCAGCUCCCUACUCCUCUCAGAGACUUGUAGUUUCUCCAGAUGACGUGUUAAACUCUGUCUUGUGUUUUGACGUAGCUGCAUUUGUAAGAGAGGAAAGUGUGGGCUUAGUUUGGAUCUGAGGCUGAAGUUCACCUGUUGUGUUGAGGACAGGCUUCACAGAAUCAACACUGGAUUAAGGUGAAAUGUUGUGCUGCAGUAGACUAAAUAAAGAUUUCAAUCCCUUUAAA